CCCACUCGCUGUCGCUUCCACUCGCUGUCGCUGGGACGUGUCUCCUUCCCUCUGUCUUGAGUCUAUCUCCACUUUGUGUGUCCUCUGGUUUCUGUACUGCACUUAAAGUAUUGGUUAGAGUUAACCAUAUCAAGUCAUUUUAAGAUUUUAAAGACUUCAAUCAUGCCUCUAAUUCUUUUUUGUUCCAGGCUAAAGAGAUUCAGUUCUUUCAACCUAUUUUCAUAGCUCUAAUGCUUCAGGGCAGAAUGCAAUUUUUUUUUAUGUCCCUUGUGUUUAUCACGCUAAACUAUUCAUAUACAACAAUGACAUUGUGGUGAAUUCUCUGACGUAAAAUAGAACAAAAUAACACUUACGUUUGCUUUGCAGAUUUUAUGACUUGAAUAGGUUUGGAAUUUUCCAGAAUGGAGGCAGAAGGCUGGAUACCAGAUAAUCCGACCCACACUCUACUGGGACAGCAAGCCCAAGCCCAGUCUGUAAUGAAGGACCUCCAAAUUCAACUGCUGGCCUUCGAUUCCCUGAGGAAGAAAGCUCAGGGGAAUGCCUGCCCUGGAUGCCAAAGACAGUCUCCCAUCUGCUACCCAAAGACCACCAUGUCAGCUGAUAAAGCCAGACACUUUGAGAAUCUCAGUAAUCUUCUCGUCAAGAUGAAUCAGAGCCUCAGUGACUCUGAUCACCUGGAAUCGUCUUUGCAUGCUUGUAAAAUCAGCAGCGACGCUGUCCUCACAUGGCACAAUGUCCUUCAGAAAAAUGUGGAUGGAUUACUCAAAGUGAACAUGAUGGAAUCUUCUGGUAUGCCAUCUGGAGUGUCUUCACCUGCAGCCUCAAUGCUAAGAUCAGUGUACUCCUCAUCCCCAACUAAGGGCUGUUUAGAUAUGUCUACAGAGAAGGCAGACUGUAAUGAUGAGCUUUGGAAGAUACUGGACAGCAUCAGUGAUGCUGGAGAAAGGCUGAAAAAUGAACUGGAAAAAUCCCACAAAAGAGAGCUAGAUCUAGCAGAGGAGCUCCAGAUGUUAUGGAAUAAUGUUCAGGCUUAUCCGGGUGGGAUUCUAAGUCUUGUCAAAGACCCUUUUGAGUCACGUAGUCCAUCACCCGGGAGGCUUGUGAUGAAAGGCUCUUUGAAGAAGGAAGAGGCUCGGGUGAGUCGGGUUUGGGAACUCGAAACUCAGGUUCAGAGACUGCAGAAUGCCAUGCUUUCUCAGGAGGAGGAAAAUUUAGACCUCCACAGACCGCUCAUAUCUGAAGGAGCUCCUGAAAGAAAUGACAUUGUGGCACAAGCCCUGCUCGCUACCUUUCAGAGGGAGAACAAGCGGCUGAAGGAAACAGUGGACAAACUGGAAAAAGAAAAGGAGCAUGAGGCUUCACGUUUCAGGAGGUUACCAAGUAAAGAGGAAUUCUCUACCAACACUGCCACCUGUAUGUCUAACCUGGCCAAUGAGAUCCGAGACCUGAAAGAAGAGCUGGAGGUGAAGGAGAAGCAGAUCAGUGAGCUAGACAGAAACAUGCAGGAGAAAAUACAGUUCCUUAAGGAAAGACACAGGGAAGAAGUUCAGUCUUUGAAAGAACAGCUACAAUUAAAUGAUUCAGCUAGACAGCAGAUCAUAAAGUUAUUAAACGGGAAAGAUAUGGAGAUAAAGGAAGAAAGGAACAAGCUUAGAUCUAGAGAACUAGAAGUCCAAUCACUAAUGGAAAUGCUAGCACAAGAGAAAAGUACAAAUCAGGAGACGGUAGCAAACUUGGAAAAAGCCUGCAACUCUGCAAAGGUUACACUUUCCCAAAGUGAAAAUGAAAACAGAGCUCUUGUAAAAGAACUGAAACACCUCCUGCACAAAUAUGUCAGUGUCAAAAAGCAAGCACGUUCUGCUGAGGAGCAAAUACGUCAAACCCUGAUAGAAAAGCAAGAUAUCAUUAAGCUUGUUGAUUCUGCAAAUGAGGAAAAACAAAGAAUGUAUAAUGAGCGCAGCCUUCUGAAAAAAGAGAAAGAAGUGACUUUGCAUAAUUUAGGAACCCUAAAAGAAGAAAUGAGGCACUUGAAACAGGAUAGGUAUAGAAAUGUUGAGGAGAAGCAGAGGUUGGAAGAGAAGGUUGCAAGCAUGGAAGAUGUAAUCUUGGCAUUGAAGCAAAAGCUUCAAGAUGCAAACUCUGAAACUCAGAAAGCCAUGGAAUCACUUUCCAUCAAGGAUUCAGAGACGGAAGCAUGCAUGGACAGAAUGCAAGAGUUAAAACAGGAAAACACCAGUCUAAAAAUGAAAACAGAGGAGUACAUUGCUGGAAAAGAAGCCAUGUCUUUUCAAAUGGAAGUGCUGAAGAAAGACAAGGAUACAAUCCAAGAGGGACUGCAAGAGCACAUUAAGCAAUUGCUAUUUGAUCAGCAGGCCAUGGAAAGGACAAGUGAAGAUUUGCGUAAGGAGUGCAGCGCUUUGUCUAGAAUGGUUGCGGACUUGAAAGAGGACAAGAGACAGCUGCAGGGAGAACUCAAGGAGCUGCUUCAGGAGAAGCGUUACUUGGAAGACAAAAGCCGGAAACUCUGUGCUGAAGGUGAAAAAGUCAGAUGCAGUCUUACAAUGCUGGAGAAGGAACGUGACUUUCUGCAGAUGGAACUUAGUGAGAGACGUAAGGAUUAUCUGAAUCUGAGUGACCGCAUUGCUCUCAGGCUUAAUGAAAUAUGUGAAGACAGCUACACACAGGAGGACCACAUGUCCAUUCAGAAACUGAAGUUAAGUGGCAAUCAGAGUUCAACCAGCAUAAAUCAGCAAUAAAAGUAAUGAAUUUGUAUUGGAAAUGAUUAUGAAACCAUGAAUAUUGGUUGGAAACAUCACUAAAAUACUGAUUGCUAUUCAUUUUUGUAAGAAAUCAUACUAUACAUUGUAUUUAGACAGUGAAAUGUGUAUUGUACUUUGUAG